GGAUGUGUGUUUAGCUAGCAGUGCUGCUCGUGUAGUUACCGCCGAUGUCCGUCACAUGAAUAGUUAAUUGGUCUGCCCACCUCACCGUGUUGCUCAGCGGCGAGCACCGUCAGCAAAUUGAACGGAUGCCCGUCUGAGUGGCAUCGAGAGCCGCACCAAACUCGCCCCAAGACGCGCAUUGCAGGCGCACUGCAGCAGCGGCGCGCCUGUGAAUGUGGACAUUAACAUUACAUGGACUGUGUCUCUGUUCUAGUGUGUGAGAUCCAGGAGGGACAGGGCAUUCUUCGACCUGUCGGUUAGACAGCCGAAGAGACGGGGAACAGGAUUGGGAAGCAGGGCGAGGCGGGCCCCGCGGAGCCGGCGGAGAAAAUGGCCGGCAGCCCGGAGAAGAGUUCCACCGCGCAGGAGCUGAAAGAGCAGGGGAACCGGCUGUUCCUCUGCCGCAAGUACCAGGAGGCUGCUACAUGCUACAGCAAAGCUAUCAACCGUAAUCCAUCUGUGGCAGUGUACUACACGAACAGGGCUCUCUGCCACGUGAAGCUGCAGCAGCAUGACAAGGCUCUGGCAGAUUGUAAGCAUGCGCUGGAGCUGGACAGUCAGUCGGUCAAGGCCCACUUCUUCCUGGGCCAGUGUCACCUAGAGCUGGAGAACUAUGAUGAAGCCAUUGGUAAUCUGCAGAAAGCGUAUAACCUGGCAAAAGAACAGAGGCUGAAUUUUGGAGACGACAUCCCCAGUGCCUUGCGCAUUGCUAAGAAGAAACGCUGGAACAGCAUUGAGGAGAAGCGCAUCAACCAGGAGAACGAGUUACAUGCUUACUUGACCAAGCUCAUACUGGCUGAGAAGGAAAGAGAACUAGAGGAAUACAAAGAGAAACAGGAUGACAAUCAAAAUGGAGGCGAUGCCGCCAAGAUUGCAUCAAAACAUGACAAGUAUCUAAUGGACAUGGAGGAGCUCUUCUCUCAAGUGGAUGAGAAAAGAAAAAAGCGGGAGAUCCCAGAUUACCUGUGCGGGAAGAUCAGCUUUGAGUUGAUGAGAGAGCCCUGCAUCACACCCAGUGGAAUCACCUACGAUCGCAAGGACAUUGAAGAGCACCUACAGCGAGUGGGUCAUUUUGACCCUGUAACCAGGAGUCCUCUGACCCAGGACCAGCUGAUCCCGAACCUGGCCAUGAAGGAAGUCAUUGAUGCCUUUAUCCAGGAGAACGGCUGGGUGGAGGACUAC